AUGAAGCAGUCACAGUUUGGAACAUAUUCUUCCAGACCAAAAUCAAAAACUCAGAAACUGACGACUUUCAGAAUGGAUGAUGAGGGUGAUCCAGAAAUGACAAAGGAGGAAUUGAAGAAUAUCUAUGUGGAAUUACAAGCCAUAAGUGACAAGCUGAGGGAAGAAAAUCGUAUACUCAGUGAACGAGAGGCCAGGGUGAAGGACAGAGAGAGAAUGCUAUCAAUUUCACAAGACAGUUUACAGACAGUCACAGAAUACCAAGUGAAAGUGAAAACAGCAGCAGUGGAAGAAAAAUACAGAUCUGAGCUGAUUCUGUUGGAGCAGACUCUCAGGGAGCGAAACAAAGAGAUCAAGAGGUUGAAAGAAAACUUUGAGACCAUUAAACAGGCAAAUGAUGUUCUGAAGAAAGAGACUGAAGUGCUUCAAGUCCAGAAUUCCAAGCUAACAAAGGUAUCCAAUGGCCUGCAAGCGAGGUUGGCAAACUUACAGCGUAAACAAGAAUAUGAGCAGAAACUGAAAGAUUCAGAAGUACUUAAACAGCAGGUAGAGUCUAGUUCAGAGCAAGUGCAGAAAGAUGUGGCAUUGUCUUCCAAACCCCCGGACAAGCCAGAAGAAAGGUCACAGAAGUCCACGAAGUUUAACAAGCAGAGCACAGUCCAGCUGUACUCUACAGCAUUGUCAACUCUGUUGGACUGGGUUUGUGAGGCUUUUCUGAGGCAAGCACUGGUAGAAAUACCCACAAAACCUUCAGAGAGUUACAGCACACCCUCUUUCAUUCAGGACAGAGUUCUGAAGGUUCUACCAUCACUAGUUGAAAUUCUCCGAGACAAUGCUGGGAACAUUCGUUGCUGUCUUCCCUGUCUACAGUUUAUUUACUGGUCACUGCUGCACAUAGAUCAGCUACAGAAUCAACAGAAUAUCAGCAUGUCCACUACACUAAGACGAAUCGGGGAGGAAAUUUACUACCCGAAAUCUUCAAAGGUCACAGAAGCUGAGAAAAUUAUUGGCUCUCCAACAACGCUGGGCGACAAACUCAAGGAGGCUCAGUUUAUGAGAAGUUCCAACAGUCAUGUGCGGUUCCUGUCAGCACUAAUUGUCUUAAAAACACUAACAAGAGCUGAUGUUCUGGCCAAUGCUUUUGAUGUUCUAAAGACAGAACUAAAAUCUGAUCAACAGAAGGAAUUGUUUCUUUAUUACCAAGCAACCAAUGUGAUAACUUUUUACAUAAAACCAGCCAACAAGACUUUUGUCUCUGUAGCGGUAGAUAUAAUGCUUCAGAUGUCUGCGGAGUCCCCGUUUCAACAUGCUUUCUUGGAAAGUUGCAGCAAUGAAAGCUUCUUUCGUGUUGCUGCCUUGUUGAUACGAAGUCCUGUCCCAGAUGUGCGGGUUAUGGAAAGACUCAGCAUCAUCUUACAGAAGCUGUCUAAGAUAAAAUCCAACAAACGCUUCUUUGAAAUCUACACAAUUACAGCCAUCAUACAAGAGAUGCUUGUCAAUGGAGGGCAGGACAGUGCUUUCCUGACACUUAACUUGAAGUCAAUAUUGUUUAAUCUUAACAGUGCCAUUAAGUUUUAA